GUGACAUUGGUUAUUACGACGAGGACGGGCGUUUCUAUUUCGUCCAGAGGCUGAAAGAGAUGAUAAAAUGCAUGGACAACCAAGUUGUUCCUGCUGAGCUUGAGCAAUUGCUGCUUCAGGAGCACUCCGAAGACAUUGCCGAAGUGACAGUGGUGGGGCUACCGCACCCUUUAUACGGAGAAGCACCAGCGGCUGCGGUAGUGCCCCGGGGCCAUUACAUGUGUCACAAGGCCGCGGGGCCCUUGGCGGAUAAGAUUAAGGCUACCAUUGCAGAAAAACUGGCUAUCCACAAGCACCUUUACGGAGGCGUCUUUCUGUUCGACUCCUUGCCGAAGACAGAAACGGCAAAAGUAAACCGAACAGCAAUAGUGGAACAGUGUGCUCAUAAAGUAAGUUUGUAAUAAAUAAAGAAGUUGCAGU